AUGGAGGAUAUAUCUCAAUCAUCUCUAGUUCUAUCAAUAUCUCUCCAGAUCUCAAACAAUCAUAAAGAAGAAGCUGAACUUCUUGUCCACAAUGGCAAAGCUAACAUGGAUAUUCAAAAUGUGAAUUUGCAAACAGCCCUACAUUUGGCAGUAGAAAGACAACACACACAGAUUGUUCGACUUCUUGUUCGCGAGAAAUGCAACCUGAACAUCCCUGACAAGGAUGGAGACACCCCUCUACAUGAAGCACUACGACACCACACUCUCUCCCAAUUGAGACAGUUGCAAGAUAUGCAAGAUGUUGGCAAGGCUCUGGAGUCAUUUGGGGGGAGAAAUUCCAGUGGCCACGCCUCAGAAGCUGAUGCAAACUCCCACCAAAGUGCAGUAUGGAAAAGAACUAGUCUUCUGAUGGGACUUGGCACUCCUGGGGCAGACAAGAAAUCCAGUGCUUCCAUUGCUUGCUUCUUGGCAGCAAGUGGAGCCGAUCUUAAUAUCAAGAACAAAAAAGGUCAGUCUCCUCUUGACCUGUGUCCAGACCCAAAUUUGUGCAAAGCCCUUACCAAGUGUCAUAAAGAAAGGAAUAGUGAUGUUGGUUUCAGUCCUCCAGUAAGUCCACCCAAUGCUGCAACAAUUCGGAAUGACCAAGAAACUCUUGAAGAAUGCAUGGUCUGCUCGGACCUUAAGCGGGACACUCUGUUUGGCCCCUGUGCACACAUUGCCACUUGCUCUCUCUGCUCUCCACGAGUUAAAAAAUGUCUCAUCUGUAAGGAACCUGUGCAGUCACGAACCAAGAUUGAAGAAUGCGUUGUCUGUUCUGAUAAAAAAGCUUCAAUCCUAUUCAAACCCUGUGGACAUAUGUGUGCAUGUGACGGUUGUGCUGCUCUGAUGAAGAAGUGUGUCCAAUGCCGAGCUCAGAUUGAGAAAACUGUUCCUUUCAUUGUUUGUUGUGGAGGCAAUCCUCCACCAGCUCCUCAGCCUAGUGGUGUCAUGAACAAUGGCUCCAGAGACUUGUCUCGAGAUAUUCAGAAAUUACAACAACAACUACAAGAUAUCAAAGAUCAGACUUCCUGUCCUGUGUGCAUGGAUCGCUUAAAGAACAUGAUUUUCCUGUGUGGCCAUGGAACCUGUCAGAUGUGUGGAGACCGGAUGACUGAAUGCCCAAUUUGUCGCAAAGCUGUCGAAAAACGCAUCCUCCUUUACUGA